GUGAGCAGUAGUACUUAACCAAUCAACAUACACAAUCAUCUGAUUGGUCAAAUUUCCAACAAUCAGGUUUUUCCAAUUUGAAUAAUAAGUAGAUUAAAUAUAUAAAACAGAAUUCAAUUUAACAAUGAGGAUCAUUCACAAUAUUGGAUUUCUUAAAUGAAGAUUACAAUAGCUAGCAUUUGAGACAAGAAGUAAUUUGUAAAGUAUCAGUUUUAGUUAUCAAAUGCAACGAUGGUGGCAAAUGAAAGCUCGAUUUUUGAAGGGUUCUCUGUUGAAUUUUACUUCAAAUGUGUAACUACAUUUUUGGGACUUCUUUUCAAUCUUUUAAUCAUGAUUAUGAUUCUUAAGUUCAAGAACUUGCAGACUAUACCAAAUUUUUUUAUUUUUAAUCUUGCUUUACUGGACUUUUUGAACAUGAUUCCGUUCAUGUUGACAAACAUAGCUCAUGACGACUUAUCUAUCUUGUUUGUAGGUUUUGGGUUUUGUAUGUUUUUCUAUGUACUAGAUGUAUGGAUAAAUUUUAACAUUGUUUACAUUAUUGUCACAUUGACCAUAGAUAGAUACUUUGCCAUCGUACAUUGCAUAUCAAUUCGACAGUACCAUACCAAAAGAAAUGCCAGAAUUGCAUGUGUGCUAACAUGUUUGAUGUCAAUUGGCAUUUCUAUACCUAUGUUGCUUGAAGCAGAUGUGUAUGAAGAAGACGGGAUAAAUUAUUGUAUCUUCAAAAAAAAUAUUGAAUUGUAUAGAUUCAUUGUGAACUACUUGAUACCAUUGGUCAUCAUGAUUAUCUGUUAUGUUUUCAUCAUCAAAGUCAUGGUCUCAUCACAGCAGAUUGAUAGGAAUAAUACCACACGAAAACAUUCAAAACGUGUAUUCAUUCUCGCUCUCACUAUUGUCAUUGCGUAUGUGAUACUGUUUACACCAUAUUUUAUCCACGACCUGCUAAUGUAUUUUUCUGACGAAUCAUUCCGUGAACAAGCGUUUUACAGGAUAUCUGUCUGGAUGCAAUAUUCUCACAGUGUAAUAAACCCUAUUCUGUAUACUUUUAUCGGAAAGAAUUUUAAAAAGGAUCUUUUAAAGACCUUUCAGUGCUUAGAUGCUGCUCCGUGUAGACCAGCUUUUCAAGUUCAAUCAAGCUCUUCUAACCGCUUGACAUUAACUACCAGCAAUCCAAGUUUAGCAAUGCAGUCUAAAAUAUAACAAGAAGUUGAAGGAAAAUUAACUUCCUCUUUAAAAGCAUCAUGUAGGUCAGAAAGAUUGACUAUGGUUAACGAGUCCAAGCACUUUGUUUAAAUCAAGGCAAGUUUGGAAACAUAAGAAUAGUGCACAGCAAAAGUGCUCAACAUAUGACUGUUGAAAAGUUUUCAAGUUCUGCACUUCGUAGUUGCAAUGGACUUUCGCCUACUGUGAAAUUAUAUCAGUAAACCCUUAACACCAGGCUCCAGCUAAGAAAAUAUUGAAAUAGUUGCC